AUGGCGUACACGGACGAUUCCGUCAAGGCAAAGCUGUCUGCUCUUAAUGAAACGCAGGAAAGCAUCGUCACUGUCGCGCAAUGGGUGAUGUUCCAUCGACGCCACGCCGAGCGCACUGCGCAAAUCUGGCUACAGAAGGUCCGUGACUCGCCGGCUCCCAAGCGACUCAACCUGCUCUACCUCGCCAACGAGGUUGCCCAGCAGUCGAAGGCCCGCAACCGAGAGGAGUUCUUAAUCGCAUUCUCCCCCAUCAUUGCGGAGGCUACCGCUACCGCGUACAAAGGCGCGUCGGACGAUAUCCAGGGACGAAUGCGCCGGGUGGUCGAAGUCUGGAGACAGCGUAAUGUGUUCGAGGGCCCCAUUCAGGAGGCCAUCGAAGCUCGCGUGAACGGUUCGUUCUGUCUUGUCUAUUUGGACCAACUUUUGAUGAACCAACUUUUGACGAAAUCGAAUACAGAGAUCGACAAGAAUCGCUCUACGACCAAGAAACAGCCCCUCGGAGGCUCUUUCUUCAAGGAUCAUUCCACUGGAUCUACUCCGUCCGAACUUCAACCGCUGGUUCCUCUCCAGGUCGCCGUCGCAAAGGCCGCAAUCUCCUCCAAGACCACCACCACGACCUCCAACACCGAAUACGACAAGCUGCAGGACCCCAAGGACCAGCCAGCUCCUCCCGUUCACGCCGCUCGCCUCAGCUCUCUGCUCAAGACCCUCGCUAAUGCUGAGACUUCUGUCUCGGAGGUCAUCAAAUCGCGCCAGGCCCUUAUCGCCGGAUUGGAGAAGCUCCUUGAGACGAACCGAGCUGAACUUGCGAAGGAAGAAUCUCUCGCUGCGCAGCUUGCCGACAGAAAGAUUCAGACCGAGGGCAAGAGACGCGAGGUUGAAGACGCAAUCGUCCGCGGUUUCAACGACAGCUCUGAGACUUUGAUCGGAAGCGGCGAUGGAGCCUCAGAUAUGCCCCGUCCUGCUGUCGAAGCCCUGACUCCUCCCCCAGUCGAAGCAUUGACUCCAGUCGGAUCGCCCAAGCCCGAGCCCGCGGAGAGUAGCCACGGCCCUUUCACGGAAGAGCCGUCCCAGCCUAUCCCUGAAAGCCUCGUCAUUUCCCAGCCUGACAACGGAAUGUCACUCCCUGAUUCGUCCAGCUUUUCUCCCGGGGGAGAAAAUGACUUUGAUUUCGGUUCGAACGGCGCUGCCAAAAGGCGCAAGGUCACGCAUGAUGAGGAGGAUUAUGCGAAGUUUGCCAAGGAGGAUCUGGAUGCGGAUGUGGCAGAGCUCAUUGCGCAGCAGGGCCAGCAGUGA